AUGGAACACGAGUUGCACGAUACUCCAGCGCCCUCGACCAUGUCGACAGGAAACCAAACCAUGGUCGAGUCUGACGAGACAAAGGCGGAAGCCUCUGCUAGCAAGAAUGAGGACGUUCGGGCAACCAUCAGUUCCAGUGAGCCUCUCUCGCUCAAGCCAGAGGAUGACAACAAUCAUAUUUCUGGAUUCAAGCUUGCGGCCGUGGUCAGCAGCAUCACCAUGGUCGUAUUCAUCUUGCUACUAGACGUGUCAAUCAUCGCAACUGCUAUUCCACGCAUCACGUCCGACUUUCAUUCUCUCGAUGAUGUUGGUUGGUAUGCUGCGGCGUAUCAAUUAGCCAGUGCAACCUUGCAGCCUCUUACGGGAAAGUUCUAUACUCAUUUCAGCACCAAAUGGGUUUUUGUCCUUUUUCUUUUCUUGUUCGAGAUAGGAUCAUUCAUCUGCGGUGUCUCGACUUCAUCAAUAAUGUUUAUUAUCGGUCGUGUUGUCGCUGGGUUAGGAGGCUCGGGUUUGAUCAACGGGGCACUGACCAUGGUUUCUGGUGCUGUACCAGUGGAGCGCCGUGCCUGUAAGUUUUCUCAAAAUUUAUUUGGACAACUUGGUCUGAUCUCAGGUCCAUUGCUGGGAGGUGUAUUCACACAAUUCUCAACCUGGAGAUGGUGCUUCUACAUCAACCUACCCGCAGGUGCCAUCGCCGCAUGUAUCCUCGUAGCGCUCGAUAUUCCCGACCUUACCAAAAAGGAGCCAUUUAGCCUUGCCCUCAUCCGCAAAGUCAUCCCUCAGCUUGAUCUUUUCGGAUUUGCCCUCUUGGCACCCACGUCUGUCAUGUUCCUCCUGGCCCUCCAACUGGGUGGCAAUGAGUAUGAAUGGGGCAGCGCGACAAUAGUUGGUCUCUUCUUCGGUUCAGGAGUACUUGCGAUCAUCUUUGUGAUUCGGGAAAGCCGAGUUGGGGACAAGGCCAUGAUUCCUUCAAAGAUCAUCAAGCAGAAGAUUGCCAUCAGCAGCGCAAUUCAGGGCAUGUUUCUUUUUGGAACAGUUACGGUGGCGAGUUACUAUUUUCCCAUUUAUUUCCAGGCCGUCAAAGGUGCAGGUCCCGCUUUGAGUGGUGUAUACCUAUUGCCCAGUAUCUUUAGCCAACUGGCCCUGGUCGUCUCUUCAGGAUGGUUAGUCACCAAGUUGGGCUAUUACUUGCCAUGGCCCAUUGCCUCUGGAGCUAUCAGUGCAAUUGGUAAUGGUCUUGUGUCCACCUUUACACCAACAACCUCGACUGGUCAAUGGGUCGGAUAUCAGAUCAUUCUAGGUAUUGGUCGCGGUGCCGGCAUGCAGAUGGCCAUGAUUGCAAUUCAAACAGGCCUGCCGGGAUACCACAUUCCAGUGGCUAUCGCCUUUCAAGUCUUUUGUCAAAACAUGUUGGGAUCUAUUCUCUUGGUCGUCGCCUCCACCAUUUUUAAUCAGAGCCUGGCAGUGGAACUCCCCAAGCAUGCGCCGUCGGUCUCCAUCGAAGCCGCGACCGCAGCUGGUAGUGAUGCCGAGGCAGUUCGUGCGCUGUUGCCGGAUGGAAGCCCAGAGCUAAAUGGACUGCUCUUGUCAUACUCGAACAGUAUCGACCAUGUCUUCAUUCUUCUCGCAGUCUGUUCCAUUGCAAGUUUCGUUGCUGCAUUCUUCAUGGGCUGGACAGACACUCGCAAGAAAAAGGGGCCUGGCAAAGGAGCAGCCUAA